CGAUUGCCUUUCGCACAAGUUGCAUGUUCUCCUCAGCUUGCCCAAAACGCAACAUAACGCGACGCGACGCGACUAGUUUUUCUCUUUUGGCUCUUUGGCAACUUUCUUUGUGUUUUCCCUUACCCCCAUUUUUGUAUUUUUGUUCUGUUUUAUUUUGUGCACAUUUUCAAUUGCUUUCCCCCAAAACCUGGCAUCCCCAUGCACCGCACCCUCGCGAAUUCCUAUUAAAAGUCCGCGCUAAUACGCCAAAUAGUUGUUUCAAUUGGUUUGCAAUAGGCUGCCAGAACCUCAAAUCACAAAUUCAAAAGCGGUAGCUUUGUCCCUGUGAACUGCGCGAAUCUUUCGCAUCAACGUUUAUGUAAAUUACGUUUAUAAUUAACGCCUAAUCAAUUGCACAGCGAGUCCCCAAAGCGAAUGAACUCCAGGAGACCGCAGAGUACGAGCAGAGCUGUGUUUUAAUUGCAGUUUCCGCAUCUCCGAACCACACAAAUGCACAGGUAAAUCAGAUCGAACUGAGGCCCAAUCAGGAUAAGACACGUGCUUCCUGCCAAUCACCUGUCAUCGCUGCCACAACCAUCGCCAGUCUGACACUUAGCCAGACCCGGGGGCAUAACAAGAGUGCAGCAGGCCAGGGCAAGAUAAUCAGCUGGAGGCAACUGUAAGAUGGGCAAGAAGAACUCGAAAUUGAAGCAGGACACCAUCGAUCGCCUGACCACGGACACAUACUUCACCGAAAAGGAAAUUCGUCAAUGGCACAAAGGUUUUUUGAAAGACUGUCCGAAUGGCUUGCUGACCGAACAAGGCUUCAUAAAAAUCUAUAAGCAGUUUUUCCCUGAUGGAGACCCCAGCAAAUUUGCUUCCUUGGUAUUUCGUGUGUUCGAUGAGAAUAAUGAUGGAGCCAUCGAGUUUGAGGAGUUCAUACGUGCCUUGUCCAUAACAUCACGAGGAAAUUUGGAUGAGAAGCUGCACUGGGCCUUCCGUCUCUAUGAUGUGGACAACGACGGUUACAUAACACGCGAGGAGAUGUACAACAUUGUGGAUGCCAUCUACCAGAUGGUCGGCCAGCAGCCGCAGACGGAGGAUGAGAACACGCCGCAGAAGCGGGUGGACAAGAUCUUUGAUCAGAUGGACAAGAACCAUGACGACCGCCUCACACUCGAGGAGUUCCGCGAGGGAAGUAAAGCUGAUCCACGUAUAGUCCAGGCGUUAAGUUUAGGUGGUGAUUAAACGCACGAGUUGUAGUUGCGUUAAGCAUUGUUGGGGUGGUCCAUUGUGGGAGUGGAAGCUGAGGCAGAACAGCAGUGGGAAUGAGCGGAAGGAGCUAGUCAGUGAUAUGGGACAACGAACUCCACGCAAUCCCAUCCCCUCCCCCCAGAUCCCAAGAUCCACAGCAGAAACUACAGCAAUGUGUGUGGAUCUCGAUUGGAAUCGAUACUCACACACACACACACUCUCAUGUUUUUACCGAAAAUCCUUCCCUCUACACCCCUCUACACACACGCACACGCACAACCACUCAACACACACACACACUGAUACUCGUGAAAGAUGCAAGGAAAGCGCCAGACAAAAGAUCACCAGAAAAUCUGGUGAAACGCGUAGUGAAAUUUCAACUAACAGAAUAUGACUAUGAAUACAUGUGCAUACAUAUAUCUGAGAUAUUAUAUACAUAUAUAUGUAUGGAUCUGUAUGGUAUGGUAUGGAUAAAUAUUUCAAUUAUCAAAAGGCAGAACUGUAAAGAAAGACGCCAAAAAUUUAUAAAAUUCAUCAAGAAACAAAAAUUACAAACAAAAGAACACCAAUUUAUGUCAAAUGAAACGCUUUUUUAAAAACAUAUUUCAUAAUCUAUAUACAUACAUAUAUUUAUAAAAUAAAAAAAAAAAAACAACGUAGAUAUACAUAUACGGGGUUGAGAGCCAGUUUCAGCCCUUUAUAGGUAAAUAUGUGUGCAACAAAAUAUUAAAUAUUAUCCAAGGCAUUUUUAUUGAAAUGCUUGCCAUGCAAAUUCGAAUAACAAAAGAAAAAACACAUUUAAAUUGAUUUAUAAAUAUCGCAUAAGUAUGGCUAUCUAAUCGAUAAGUUGAAGUUUAUUGAAAAAUAAUUAUGAAUCAAGGCGAAAGCGAAAGGAGAGAGAGAGAGAGUGAGAGUGCACUCUUGAACUCAGCUCAGCUACUUCUGCUCUAUAUGGAUAUGAAUAUGAAUAUGUAUAUGUACAUUACUCAAUAUGUAUAUAUGCUUAUACUUAUACUUCUACAAAUACAAAUACAAAUACAUACAUAUACAUAAAAUGCUACUACUGGCCUAGACGCUUGGCAGAAGCUUUACACCGCUCCUUCUCUUGCUCCAGAUCCAGUUCCUCAUAGUGUUAUGACAUUCGAUUUUGCCAAUUUGUCUGCGUAGAGAGAGGAAUAGCAUGAGAGACAAAAUUGUGUGUUUCCAGCAAGCCAGCAAAAUUGUAUCCGCAAAGUAAAACAAUGGACUUAUUCUGCCACAGCGCGUUCUCCCAGCUCCGCUGGGAAGCCAGCUUCUCUCGCUCUGACUGCCGGCAUUUCCCAUAAGGCUAUCUCUUUUUUUGCCAGCUAGUCGGUUAGAAAAGUUCAAUGUCAUAGCACUAUUAUCCAUUAUCCACCAUUAUUGUUAUUAUUAUUAUUAUUAAUGUGUGUGUUUCAACCUUUUGUGCUGAGCAAGCGCUCUGCCGAGCCAGCCAGCUACUAACUGUUGAUAAUCAAAAUUGUUGAUAAUCGAAAAUAAAUACACACACGCAUAAAUAUAGUAAUUACUCUCUCUAACUAACCAAAUACACUAGCCUAGCUACAUAUGUAUAUCUUGAUUAUAUAUAAACGAUAUUGGAAUAGACGUAUAUUUGCUUCUGAAUGCUGACUGCUUCUGAAUGCUUCAUAAAUAUUUUGCCGAGAAUCAUUCAAUGGCUGCCAUCACCCAUUACAUCCCUUAGAUCCAUACUAGAUCAGCCACAGCCACACACAGAAUAUAAUAAAUUUAAACAAGACUAGCUCUAGCGUAAGUUCAGUUUACGCAUGCCUCAUAAGAGACACACAAAAAUAUAUCAACUUGAACCAUUUAUGGAAACCCCCUAUCUCCCCCACACAGAGCUUGAACUAUAUGUAUAUCAUUCCAUUCAAAGUGGGAAACCCAACUAAUGCCUUACUAUUAAAACUAUCGCCUGAACUGUCAUCGACAAUCUCUCUCCGUCUCCCUUUAUAUGUAUAUCGCUCCAUCUCUCUCUUAUAUAUUAGUUAGUGUUUUUUUUUUCGGUCUUGUCGGACUGCUGCUGUUGGAUUAAGUUUUGCUUCUUCUUCUUCUACCCUAAAACGGUUCUACCCCUUCUAAUCACCAUGCUAAAAUAAUUUCUAUUUUAUAUGUGGUUCAGCUUUAGAUCGUAAAAGAAACAACACACAACAAUGUAAAGAAAUCUUUCUCUGUACUCUGUACUCUGACUCAUACUCCAACUGCAUUAAAAUCUACAAAAUCGACGUAUUAUUUAUCCUAUCGUAUCAUCAGCAUUUAUCUUUGUAGUAGUAAUUACAAUGAUUUGAUUUUUUGAUUUGCUUGCACCACAGAACCGACCCACAUAAGCCCCGAAUUACUUGAUCUAUUACAAUCUAUAGGGAAAGAUAUCUUUAUAUAGAAAUAUCUAUGCACACACACACACACACACACACGAACAAACAAAUAUUGAUAACUGUAUACACACAAAAAGAACAUAUUUACAUAGCCAUAUACAUAUGUAUGUAUAUGUACAACUUAGAUGCCGUAUUUGUACUUGACUUGCGAAAUUUGCAAAUUGUUUUUGCAUAUGUAUAUUUAUUGUUGGAGACGAUUUAAAUUUCAAAAUGCCAAGCAGUUCUUCACACAAAUGUUUGCAUGCUUUUUCUAUAGUCCUAUAUCAGCUUUGAAACAUUGAAAAAUCUCAAAACCGGAGUCAGAUAAGAGUCAGAUAAAGAAAACGAUAUCUACAAAAUACAUAUAUAAUACUUAUUAAAAUAAUCUUAUACAUAUUCACGACAAAUACAAAUCAAUUUCGUGAAGAAAACUGAAAACAAAUGAAA